CUGACACACACCGCACACGCACACGCCUCAUAAGACAGGAUGAUGGAAAGGGAACGUUGACUGUACUCUUGGUAUCUCUGUGUGACUUCGGCUCCUUGGGUCCUCGGUUCGAAUGCGUGUGCGUUAUAUCAAGGGUGAUAAGGAGUGCUCCCAGCCCUCCGGGCAGUGCGAUCCUCAGCCUCUUUAAACAAAGUGAUAUCGGUUCUUCGCUCUGUAGCGUUCCUCUCUAUCGCAUGAACUUUCUCUCUGUGGAAGUGUUGGAACGUCGCUCGUAUGAUUAUAGAGGACGUUCGUCAUUUCGUCCGUUUCUUCGUGAUCCUGUGAUGUGGCAUUCUGAGCAGGCAUGACGACUUCAGUGUCUCCGGCGGAGCGAGUUCCUCGCACAGUAUUUGUGAUAUUUAUUUAUCUGGUGAUUGACCUGCUGGGCUUCACCGUGAUCCUACCGUUACUGCCUUCGAUCCUCGACUAUUACAGCCGCCACGACAAGAAUGGGUUGUAUCCCUGGCUUGAAGGCCAGAUUCAAUCCUUGCAGGACUUCAUUGGAGUGCCUAGCAACCAGAACAAAGUCCUGUUUGGAGGCUGUAUUGGCUCGCUCUACUCAUUCCUGCAGUUCCUUACAGCACCCAUGAUUGGGUCAUUAUCGGACGUCUAUGGGCGAAAAUUGAUGCUCGUGAUCACAACGUGUGGCAUUGCAUGUUCCUACGCUGUAUGGGCCAUCUCCAACAACUUCACCUUGUUUGUGAUCUCACGGAUAAUUGGAGGAGUUAGCAAGGGCAACAUUAGCUUGAGCACAGCCGUGGUAACGGACGUGUGCAGCUCUAAGAUUCGUGGCAAGGGAAUGGCACUCAUCGGCGUUGCCUUUUCUGUGGGAUUUAUUGUUGGCCCUUUGAUUGGAGCACAGUUUGCGAUGGCCAACAAGGAGUCAACGGAGUUUUACGUCAUGCCUGCCUUGUUUGCCCUUUCGCUUGCACUUCUGGACAUCCUUUUUCUCUUUACCGUCUUUAAGGAGUCCCUUCCACCAGAGAAGCGCGCACAUUCCAUUGCCUCAAGUCUCUCUGGAGCAUUCUCCUAUGUCAAUCCAUGGUCCCUCUUCACAUUCCAGCCUGUUCAGAAGUUACCAUUGAAAGAUCACCAAGUACUUCGGCAGUGUGGACUGGUGUACUUCCUUUACCUACUUUUCUACUCUGGUCUGGAGUACUCAUUGUCUUUCCUGACCCAUGAUCGAUUCCAGUACACAAGGAUGCAACAAGGCAAGAUGUACUUUGUAGUUGGGCUUGUCAUGGCAUCUGUGCAAGGAGGUUAUGUUCACAGAGUGCAGCCAGGAAAGGAGGCAAGGGUGUGCCUCCUGGGAAUCUUGAUGAUUAUACCAUCUUUCAUCCUCGUUGGCAUCGCCUGGAGCCCUUAUGUGCUAUACUGCGGACUGCUGCUCUAUGCCUUCUCUUCAGGGACAGUAGUGCCCCUGUUGACAACCCUGGUCUCGAGGUACGGGGCUCCCACUCAGAAGGGCACCAUCCUGGGGAUAUUCCGGUCUCUGGGCGCCUUGGCACGAGCGGUCGGGCCCAUGUUGUCGGCCACCAUGUACUGGUGGGCUGGCCCUGUAGCAUGCUACUGUCUCGGUAGCUGCUUCUUCCUGAUCCCUCUGCUCAUACUCAGGAACAUGCACAGAACUGCUGGCGAUGUCCCUCUGAAGUAGUAGGCCCUCAGUUUGCUCAAACUGUGGACCAUGAGAUUACCUGUUCCCCAGGGGAAGUUGUUCCCUAGGGGAAGUUGUUCCCUAGGGGAAGUUGUUGCCUGGACAAAAUUUUUCCCAAUGAAAACUCGUUCCUUUGGGAAACUUGGUUAGCAUGGCCUUUUAGGACCAUCUCAAAAGAGUGUCGCCAUGUUGAGGGAAUGGCAGCAAAGAAGCUGCAACUGUACACUCCUGGUGGAAAUGGCUCAGUAGUUGCAUAGCUAGAGAGCAGAAAAAAAGUUUUGCUCAUCUCUGGAAUUGGUUGAGAGUUCUAUCUUCCUUUCCAUCACUGUUCAGGUGGUGUGACAAAGGCACAUGGGAUCUUUGAGAUGGCAGAGAUUUUGGAAGUGCUUGAAUCUUGAAUUUGUUGAACCAAUGUUCUUUUUUAUCAUUCUUGUUAUAUUUUCUUUGAAUGUCAUAAGGCUUUCUGUUGAUGUCUUCUCAACUUGUAUGUUUCAUGCUGUGUUGUGAGUAAGAAAUCGCCUCAAGUGCCUCUUGUGCAAUAUUGUGGUGUAUGCUUUUUGCUUACUGAUAUUUUAAUAUUUUCAUAUACAUAAGUAGGAUCGAUCAAAUUUGAUUAUUAACCUCUAAAGGAAUUUUAUUUAUGUUCUGACAUUUCUGCAAGGCUGCUGAACAUGCUUGCUGUAGUAAAAAAUCUCGCUUCGGACUAGUUAACAUACUGCUAGAUAUAUUUUAUUUUAUGCUUUUGUUUUCUGUACUGCUGACUCGCUUCCCAGUUCUUAUUAUUUCUCUGUUAUGCUGAUAUUCCACUUGUUGCCAUUUCAGCCAUUUUACUUUUGGCCGGAACAUUAUGCAAGUAAAACCUCUGCUGUUUCCAUUUGCAAUAGAGACAGCCCCUGCACUGAAAAAUAGGGUGUCGCUUUCAACGGCCUUUUCAUCCAUGCUGACAACCUAUUCAUCAGUAUUGUUCUUCGGUAAAUUUGUUAUGCUACAUAAAGGCCGCAUGAAUUUGUUAUGGGGAUCUAGACCUUAUUCAGUGCUGAUGUGCCAACCUGGUUUAUGCAGAGCAUGAUAAUUGGACAUGAAAGGGGUGUCAAAGGUCCAUAUUUCGAGGCAGGCAAGUGGCAUUUUUAAAGCAAAUCUUAAAAAAAAAAAGACUAAAAAAUGGAGUCUGUAGCAGUAUCUACAUCAGUUUAAGCAAGAUUCCUUCCCUAUUGCAGCCCAGAGAAAUCGCUCUGUGUUGGAAGUCUUAUGAUUAUGAUGAUGUUUGUCACUCUACAGUUGGUGACAAAUUAAGAGUUCAGGGGAAACUCUUCCUACCUCUUCCCACUUCAGCAGAGCAGAUGCUAGAGAGGAGGUCACCUCCUCCAGCAUCUACUCUGCUAAAGUGGAAAGGGAGGGGAGAAGUUUUCCCUGAACUCUUAACCUGUUGCCAACUGUAGAUUAGUAUAUACAAAUCAUUUUAUCCACAACUUUUGUUUCCAACAAAUAAAACCAGUGAGCAGGUGUAUAAACUAUGCAAAGAAAAAAAGAGGAAUUGAAAACAAGCUUCAAAAGCAAACAUGUGAACAGAGAUAGGUGCCUUAUGGUAGUAAUAGUAGUAAGAGCUCAACUCUCAUAUACAUAGUACAUGCAGUUACAUGUAUGGCAUCUGGGAAAUCUGGCAUUUUUUUUCAGCACAGAAACUGCAGCCAAGGGGGACAUUAAAAUUGCCAUAUAGAUACAGUUGAAGCUCUUAUUCAAUAAGGUUAGCAACAAAAAAGCUUUACACACAUUCAAAGAACAUUCCUAACACCAUUCCUUCAAUUCCUGCUUUAUUUCCUUCAGAGGCUGUAAGUCACAAAAGUGAAAAAGUGUCUGAGAUGCCCCUCAAAAUUAUGUUCUUUAGUGGCAAAAGUUUGUGAAAAUACCGUAUUUAAGAAAAGGAAUAUUUAGGCACAAAAUGUGUCCAUACUUCAGACUCAACUGCAUUGUGUAUGGCUGCCAAAUAUUGGUGCCUGUUAUAAGGCACCAAUAUUUGGAAAGUAUAGGAAAUAAUGAGCUGGUUGAGUUUUUACGUGCUAGGGUAUUGAUGUUUCAGAGAUACUCUGUGAACCAUGUGCAACAUCAUAUGCAACACCAAAAGUAACACUCCUUUUGUAGAGAUUUUAGUGACUCAGUUCUCUGAAUUGUAAUGCAGAACCUGCAAUAUUAGCAUCAUAUGUAAGUGUAGUUCACCUAUAACUACAAAUAUGUAAUGCAUCUUACUCGAAAGGAACUGUGCUAUAUAGUAUAUGACGCAGGACUUCGAAGGACCCCUAAAUGAUAUCUAGGGAUGUAUUGCUUUUCUAAAUUUAUCAGAUUUUUCUACGUUUAAAAAAAACUAAAAUUUUUACUUGAUUGUUUGGAGUGUGGUCCCAUCUGUUUACUAUAACUUUUGUUUUCAGCAGUAGCAUAGAAAGUAUUGAAGGAUAAACUUAGACUGUGUGUCCUUUUUAUUACAGGAUUCAUAUCCCCCCAUUCCACAGAAAAGAGAUGCGCUAUUAAAAGCUACUCUAGAAAUGUAAGUUUAUAGUAAACUACCUCAAAUUGCACCAUGCUCAAAUAUUCCCACCACCAUAUCUCCUCAAGGCUGUUUCUAAGCACCGCAUAUUUUGUGCAUGACAUAAAGCAAGGGCUCAAGCAAUUGUUUAGUGACAUGACCUUUGGCCUGCCAAAAUGUGUCUGCUCUUUUGCACAGUCACCGUGGUGCAGUGGCAUAGCCAGGGGGGCUUUUAAAGCUAAAGAACCCCCCCCCCCCCCACACACACCUUUUUUUUUUGCUGCUCCUCGAGUCAUGGAGAUUCCAUAUAAAAAUCUUUCAUUCGUAUCAUAACCCUUACGCUUCAAAACUAUGUUCUUUUUUUUUUAUUCGGUUGAGUACUUACAUUCCGCAGACGUAAUGCUGCCAAGUGCUUGAUUGAAGCCCACAGAAUUAUAGGGCACUAAAAUACAGCUCUGAAAACGCCGUCUCCUUUAUACCCGUUUUCACCUCAAGAACCAUAGUAAAAAAAGUUCGGCUCCUCGUGGAGCAUUACUAAUUUCCCUCGUUACGCUGAGAAUUGAGACAUAUGUAGGUGUAUUUUAGAUUAAAUAUGUGUUCUCUUAUGAAGACGUACACGUUUCAAACGCCAAAAGCAUCGCUUCUUCCUCCGACGACCAAAUUUUGUGAGAACUACUUCGCGCGGCGUAGGAACAUGGAGCAAAACUUCCUUUUUUCUUGAGGUGAAAACGGGUAUAGUCACUGGCAGGACACAAUUCGAAUACCCAGCCAGUAGUGUUGUGCGAAUAUUCGAAGUUUCGAAUAAUACGCUAUUCGACAUUCGCUUCGAGGUGAUCUGCUGUAUUCGUACUUUUCGAAGUGUUGAUCGCGGCGAACUAGCCCCGUUGAGUGCGCUUCAUACCGGGCACCUGUGCACUGGGAGGAAGCAAUACCCGCAGAGCUCGUGGGCUCCGCGUGUAUUGCUUCUUCGCCGUGCACAGGUGCUCGGUGAGAAGCGAACUCAACGGGGCUAUCCCGCGUGAUUAUGCAAGAGUAUAUAUAAGUCAAGCAGCGAUGUCUUGACAACCCGCACUCAUCACUCGCGCUGGAGGCAGGACCAUUGAAGAGCCUCCCUGUCGCAUAUGUCCUGUCCGUGACUUAGUAAAACGCUGGCUGCCAUCGAAGAGUCUUCCAGGAGAUUCUGUUUCGAGUCCUUACCAGCUUCUGUUCCUUCGUGUUGCUUGCGUACUUGGGUUGACUAUUAUACCGGGUGUUUUAGCGACGAUUAAAAAAAUCCCUGAAAUAAGGCGGUUGGGAAAAAAGGUAACUUUACGGGAACAAAUUGCCAGCCACGGCGGACGUCAAAGAUUUCAGAAAAAAACAUACUAAUUAGCUGAAUAGUUUACGAACAUUUACGCAUACCUUUAAUUUGUGAAAAUAAACGUAUAGUUCGAUUUUUAAAUAUUAAUUAGCUGAAAAGUAGACGAACAUUUACUCAUUAACUUUAAUUAGUGAAAAUCAACAUGGUUCCCAUUUGAAACUUCUUGAGCACCAUCGGAAACCAAUAAAUCAAAACAUUUUAGAAAGCUAUGUCACGUGCAACAUCUUACGGCGUACCGAAGAAACGCUCAAUUUGGGCGUGUUUCUAGUUUUCAGUCUUCUGGCGGAGUGGAUCUUUCCACGAGCAGUUCUCCCCCCCCCCUUCCCCCCACCCUCCCGCUCCUUUCCUUGUGACCGAGGCGCGCAACGCACGUGCACCACACUUCCGUUCUACGAGCAUGGCCUCCGAGAUCCCGAAACGCGCGCGCGCUUCGGGAUCUCGGAGGUUAUGCUACGAGGGAGGCGAGUCGGCAGCUGCGCGCCUCGACCACAUGGAGACAGGGCCGCUGACGCAAAAUAUGCGCUCCUAUAGGAAACCGAAACCUAGAAACGCGUCCGAAUUGAGCAUUUUUUUCGGAGCACCGUAAAAUGCUGUACGUGCCUUACAUCCUUGUAAAAUGUAUUGGUUUAUGGGACGUGCCUUAUGCUCAGCAAGCUUCUAAUGGAAGCACAUGUUUAUUUUCACUUAUUAAAAAGUUAAUUAAAAAUGUAUAAUACAGCAAAUUAUACUUUUUUUUUGCAAUCUUUGACGUUUGUUGUUGCUGGCAGUUUGGUCCCGUAAAGCAGUGGUUCUCAACCAUCGAUGUUUCGCGGACCCCUUGUGGAUCGGAGGAGAUGAUGGAGACCCCGUUCGUGGUGAGGGGAGAGGAAAGGUGUAGGUUAAAUAUAAUAAUGAUUUAAUAAAUGGAUAUA